AUGUCUACACAUGCUGAAGAGGAGAGUCCAAGUGAUGUAAAUCAGUUUGCCUUAUCUGCUGUUCAAAUGGUUCUCACACUACUGCGUGAGAGAAAAGAUACUGUUGGGUGUAGACUUCAUGCUUCUAUGGUACGACAAUCAGUAUUUCUUCAUUUAAUACGUACAUUUGAUACAAGGUUCGGUCUAGUAGAGAAAUGUAGUAAAUGGGAAAUGGAGUCUUUACUAAAAUUGUAUAUCAUUCUUUGGGUUUCUAUAAAAACAGAAGGAAUGAAUUUCUCUGCUAUUAGUACUGAAAAAAAUAUUUCAUGGCAAAUGGAAUUGUUACAGGAAGGCAAAAAUGUGGAAAACCGUUUGGCGCGGGAGAUAUUCAUUAAUGAUAGUAGUAUUAAUGAUACUGUAUAUCCCUGUUAUUAUGUGGAUGUGUUGAUGUGGUUAAUAAUGGAAGUUUUUCUUCCCUUUUCUCAUUCCUGGGAAGAAUUCAACAUUUGGAAAUGUGCAACUGACAAUAAUAAUAGUGAUAAUAAUGAUAAUGAGGAAGAAGAGAAUUCUCACCCGUUUAUUCAAUGGACUUUGUCUAUCCUUAAUACUCCUGAUUUAACAUUGGGUGCGGAAUGGCAACUUUCUCCAUUAAAACAAUGUGUUGUAUCAUUAGUUGUAUUGUUAGGAGCAGAUAGAUUGAUAUUAUCAAAACAUCCUAAUCUUUUCACUGAUGCGUAUAUUCGCACUCUUGUGGUUGCGUGUACUGCAAAUGCUUUACCAGAACACUUUGUAAAGCUUACAAGGAGUAUAUAUAGUGGUCUAAUACGUGGUGAUUCUAUUUACUACAAUGAUCUCCGAGUUCUAUUGGAGACAUUACGUCGAUUUGUGAGUUGUUGUGAUGAUGUGUAUGAUGAGCAUGCGCAGAAGGUGCGUACUGCUGUGGAUGUACUUCUCAACACAUCUUGUCCGUUAGGUGGUGAUGUGGAUAUUACCCGCGGUGUAAAGUCUGUGUGUGAAUGGUUUGAAUUGCUGGAUCUUGACAGUGACUAUCGCGAAGUGCUUGUGCGUGGCGGUAUUGACGGUGAAGUGCUGCGCUCUGGUCUCACUAUAGAAGAUGUGCGGCAGAUGGGCAUUAAGAAUGAGAGGGACGCGGCGGUGCUGCUGCGUGUGUUGAGUGCCUCUCCACACAAGGAGUGA